AUGGCUGCAAAAAUAGUAUAUAAGGAUGCCGAUAUGGCCUUCAUUGGUUUAAUCCUCAACCUUGACCGUUUUGCAGCAAUGGAAUUUACAUCUCCAUUAACCUUUCAGCAAGUUGUGUUUGUCAUCAAGGCUCCAGAAAAAAUUCCAAAUUGGAUUUCCAUAAUAAAACCUUUUGGUUUGGAAAUGUGGAUGACGAUUCUCCUUACAGUAUCAAUAUAUGGAUUAAUAUUGCAUAAAAUAAUCGAAAGUGAUUUCAUGGCUGAAGAAGUGGGAAUAUUCUGGCCACGAUAUCGUGUUUUCUGGAAUGUAUUUUGCACGUUUGUUUACCAAGGAAGUAACUUGGAUAACGUGAAAAGAUUCAAAUCCAGAUUGCUCGUGUCAAUAUGGUUGCUAUCAGUUGUAGUAUUAAUGGGUAGUUACAGUGGAGCUUUAAUGUCUUUCAUGACCUAUCCUUUAACCGAAUCUGUUCCAAAAACUUUUGACGAACUAGCCAUUGCUGUCAGAAAUGGUGAAUAUUCUUGUUGUAUGAGAGGAUAUAACGCUAUAUGGAGUUACAUUAAGAAUUCCAACAACAGAAGAGAUAAAAUUUAUAAAGAUCACAUGAUACGUCACAAUCACUUUUUCUCUUCUUGGACAGCAAUUGAAAAAGUUGAAAAAGAACGUUUUGCAUUCAUAACGACUGAUUAUUACACAAGUAAACUGAUACCAAAAGAAUCAAACGCAUAUAGAAUUUCUGCAGAUAUUCUCGUCACAUUUGUUCAGUCUUAUGCUGUAAGAAAGGGAUUUCCGUUUAAGAAGAAAUUAAGUAAAACAAUAAUACAUUUAUUUGAAGCGGGAAUCACCGAGAGAAAAGAUUACGCAGAAACAUCAAAGCUGCUGGAGUAUUCAGAAUUCCAAGCAUUACAACUGGACGACAUCAUUAGUCCAAUGAUAUUGCUCUCGAUUGGAUUUGUUCUAGCAUUAAUGUGUUUAUUUGUAGAAUUAUUCUACAAAAGAAUAAUUGGAAAUCAAAACCUGUAA